ACGAGUGGGAUUACAAGACAGAUAUUGGUGCGCUCCUUGAAUACGACGUACGUUUUUCUCUCUAACCGGAAAUAUCUACUUUUGUGAAUUAUUCGUUUGGGAAACCCAUCCGGCGAAUUUUAUUCAACCAUUUCUUCUUCACCGAGCCUGUGUGGUACUUCCCGCUGUCUCGAACUACUGCCAAAGCUUCAGGUGCUACUUCUGUAGCAACAUCCUCCUCACUCUUUCAAAUAUACAGGACUUGUUGAUCUGUUACAUGAUUGCUGUGAAGCUGACCAUAACCCGAAAGUUACAGAUUUGAAUUACAGUUCCAUUCAACGUGGUGAUAAAGUAUCUGAAGCAUACACUGCUUCUUGAAGUUCUAUGAAUCAAGGUUCUCUCACACAAGAUUCAACUGAUGAAGAGUAUGAAACAAGUAUUUCCGUGAAUAUAUUGGAAACAGAAGUACAUCCUCUCCAACAGUUGUGUUCGAGGAUUAAAUUUUCUUUACCACCGUCAAACGAAUAUGUUACAGCAUCUGACACAUAUAUACAUAAACUACCUUUUGAUAUACUUAUAGAAAUUUUCAAAUAUUUGCCAGCCUCUGACUUGCUGCGCAAUAUUCCAGCUGUUUGUCAAUUGUGGUACAAUGCAUCUCAUGUUCCUACUCUUCGAACCAGCUUGAGUUUGCGUAGUCAAAUACCAUCGGAAUUAAUCCUCAGAGCUAUUUUAAGUAGACCAAUGCUUCGAGUUUUGCGUUGCUUGGCGCUUCAACAUGCUGAAUAUGUACUAGCAGAUGCUAUUAAAUUUUGUCGUAUGCUCACAUGUCUUAAUAUAGGAUUUACUGCUUUAAGUGAACGGGAAACAGUUAUCCUGGCACAGAAUCUCCCACCAACAUUACUUCAUCUAAAUGUUGAAGGAUUGCGUACAAUUGAGAUCAAUUUCAUCUCGACUCUAGUAUUGAAAUGUCCAAAACUAGAAGCACUCAAUCUGUCACAUUGUGUUUCUGUCUGUGAUUCAUGCAUUAAAAUUAUCUCAGAACAAUUACACAAUCUAUGUCGUCUUAAUUUGGAUGGUGUACAAUGGAUUACAAAUACAGGAAUUUUAUAUCUAACUGACAGUGAAGCUAUUCACACUGGUAAACUUACGGAUAUAUGGCUUGAUGGUUUUGAACUUUCAAAUUCUGGAUUAAAUGAAUUUAUUAUUCGAUUGGGAAAUACUACACAACGCUUAUUAGAUUUUAUAAAUACUCUCUAUCCUGAAUGUGAUUAUCAUCGUUUUCUAGGGAUUCAACAAUUAUGGAUUAGUUUUUGUGAUAAUAUUGAGGAUACAACAAUCAUGUCUAUAGCGAAUCUUUCAAAUCUUACCUCACUUACCCUAAGAAAUACACAACAAGUUACGCCCAACGCUUUAAGUUCAUUAUUUGUCUGUCAAACUGCUAAUAAUUUAAAUCGAAAAUUUAUUUUAAAAUAUCUUGAAUAUUUAGAUUUAAGUGAAGCACCAGGUGUAAAUGAUACUGUAGUGCUAGACAUGUGUAGUUGUUGUGGUAAUCGCCUACAUACACUUAUUUUAAACUGGUGUUGGGAGAUUACUGAUAUUGGCAUUAAUGAAAUAAUUCAUGUGUGCUGUUGUCUACAUCAAUUAAGUCUUAUCGGGAAUUCUACUAUACACGGGACAGCUCUAUCUGAUAUUCCAGUGAAAGUGCCAAAUUUAGUAAUAUUAAAUUUAAUUAAAUGUGGUCGUAUUUCAGAUAAUAUCCUAGAGACACUUGCAUUUAAAAUGCCUAAUUUAUAUGUUUUUGAUUAUUUUGGUGAACGUGUUGGUGGAGGAUUGAAUGAUGUCUGUCAUUAUGAUUCGUCUAGCGUGCUGGUUAAAGUACCGAUAUGCAGUUGUUCUCUAUAAAAGUUAUGAAGUCAUUUAGAUUUUGUUUUCAGCAUUUAGGCAAUGGGUCAAGAAGAGGGGGGCUCGAACCCUGCUCCGUCUACUUCACUCAGGGCAACUAGAUAUAUGUGUGUGUGAGCCAUGUAGUGAGGUAGUUGUUGAAAAAUCUCUUCCAAAUAACUGAAUUCAUACUAUUAAUGGUCAUGAUUUAUGCGAGCUAUCCCUGAUGCUAAAGGUGAAUGAAAAGUGCUCAGAAGGAUUUUGAUUUUUCUGGUUAAUUGUUUGUGUAUUUGUUAUUUUUUCCCCUUUAAGUGUAUUUUUUUAUUUAGUUUUGAAAUUUUCUCUCUCUAUUCCACUUCUUUUCUCUGAUGUUUGGUGAUUUUUGUUGUUGUUGUUUUUGGUUGUUCUGUAUUCGAAAUCUUCCAUAAACACGAGGUAUAUUUCAGUUUUGUAUACAUUAAAUUAUGCAUAAUAUUUAUUUAUUUAAUUUUUAUCUAGUUAAGGAAAGAAGAAUAUUGUCUUGAUAGUUAUAAAGUUUAUUUUUCUAAAAAAAUUAUCUUUUAAAAAUUAUUGCCUAACAGUGACACGGUAGACGUGCGUGUUUCAUUCUUCUCCUGGGACGUAUAUCUGUCUGCAUUUUAUUUGAUGAACUGUUUCUGUUAGCAUUCCACUUGACUAUAUAUCUCUUCAAACACUUGCCUUAAUCGAUUACUGUGUUUGCAGUUAGUGACUGAAUUAUUAUGAAUAAUGUCUCACUAAUAAUUCCAUUUACACGUAGAAACAAAGGUAAUUUUGUUUCCAUAGGAAAUGCGUU